AGGCGGAGUGAGCGGAGCGGUCGCUGGGGUAGUUGCUAGGCCCCGAUUAAUGUCAUAGCGGCCGGGCACGGAGAGCGGCCGGAAACCGCACCGAACCGAACUUUGCUUCCUUCAGCUGGUAGGACCUCGGCUUCGGAGGCUGGAAGUCGGGUCUUGAAGGUAAUUGAAGAGUAAUCAAAGUGCACCGCUGUUGAGCAGAGUCUGCUGGCCAUUUGGAAGAACACAAUUAAGAAAUUGCUAGAAGAGAAAAGGCUUGUGGCAUAAAUCCUGAAACUGACAAGGAGACCGGAGCAAGUAUUAAUUUGAAGUGAAUCUGGUGAUUAAUUAGGACAUGGCAAAUCGGGGAGGCACAGCGAGACCCAACGGACCAGCUGCUGCAAACAAAAUCUGCCAGUUCAAGCUUGUUCUACUUGGAGAGUCUGCUGUUGGCAAAUCUAGUUUAGUGCUUCGUUUUGUGAAGGGGCAGUUCCAUGAAUAUCAAGAAAGUACUAUUGGUGCUGCUUUCCUAACUCAGACUGUAUGCCUGGAUGACACAACCGUGAAAUUUGAAAUAUGGGACACAGCAGGGCAGGAAAGAUAUCAUAGUUUGGCCCCAAUGUACUAUCGAGGAGCCCAGGCUGCCAUAGUAGUAUACGACAUUACAAACGAUGACACUUUUGUACGGGCCAAGAAUUGGGUUAAGGAGCUUCAGAGGCAAGCAAGUCCUAACAUUGUAAUAGCUUUAGCAGGAAACAAGGCUGAUCUUGCUAACAAGAGAGCAGUGGAGUUCCAGGAAGCACAGUCCUAUGCGGAUGACAACAGCUUAUUAUUCAUGGAGACAUCUGCAAAGACCUCAAUGAAUGUGAAUGAAAUAUUUUUGGCAAUAGCAAAGAAAUUGCCUAAGAAUGAGCCUCAGAAUACAGGACCAAACAGUGGAAGAAGCAGAGGAGUAGAUCUUCAUGAACCCACCCAACAGACUAAGAGCCAGUGUUGUAGUAACUAGGCCUGUUUUUAAUGCAAUUCCAUUUCCAAGUAUCCACCUCACUACUGCUUUGUAAUGGAAAAAACGGUGUUAACAGAUGACCCUCAACAAUUUCAGAAUUUAGAAGGAAAGCAUAUAGUUACAUUUCUAAUACAAGAUUUAUGUCUUAAGAACUUUUAAAAUGUAAAGUGUUCUUCUCUUCAGUUGGUAGAUGCAUGCAUCGCUCAAUACAAGCAUAAAUUUUGCCUUCUGUAGGGAUGAACUAAUGAAAAAUUAAUGAAACCUUAAAACCUGCUUAAAUUGGUUCAAUUGAAACUUGUACCAUUGACUGUACCCAAUUCUUAACUAAGAGGUGACUUUUUGGUUAAUGCUUCUUAAGUGUUUAUAUUGGAUGUACAGUAUAUUAAAGCCAAUAUAAUCUAAUUAUUUAUUGGAAAUAACUUUAAAAUGUCAAGUUUCCUUCACCAAUCUGGUAUGCAGAUAGAAUUAUAAUGGAAUUGAACUCUAUUUUGGCAGGUUGUGUAAAAGCUGUACCACUCCUUGCACUAAUAUUUUCUCAUGUAUAUUCCCUCGAUAUCAUUACUUUGCGAUUUACUGAGAUCAAUUUCUUGUAAAUAGGGUAUUACGACUUGGUCUGCAUUUACAUAAACUUAUCAGACUGCUCUGGUAGGAAUGCCAUAUUGAAAAAUCAUUAAAAUACAGAACUAAUUGAAGUAGGUCACAUGAUUUGCUCUAGCAGGGUUAUGAAAACUUUAUAAUUAUGAUAUAAAUAUGACAGAGCACUCUACAAAUGUAUGUACUGUAAGUAAUGACCAUGUAUUCUUUAAGUAAUUUUUUUUCUGGCAAGUUCCCAAAUGUGUACUUUUUGUUACAGGAUGUUUUCUUUUUCCAUUGUAAUGCACAAUUUUUUGUAGUUAAAGUUUGCAGUACUGUGGACAUAUCUUCUAAAAGGUGAAUUAUCUGAUAAACCAAUAGCACAACAUGUAAAAAAAAAAAAAAUUAUGCUAUUGCAUUAAGAUGAAGCAUCUAACAAAUAGAGCAAGGGUAAUGGCUUUGCAUUUAACAGUGGGCAAACUAAUGAAUUUUUAAAAAUGCAAUAAUCAAGACAGUAGUCAUAAUCUGAUGUAAACUCUUCCUCCUUUGGCUCAAUCCAUGUGAAUGCAGUGUUUCAAAACUAAAAUUAACUUUGGGUUUUUGUAUUUAUUCACCUGUUAGAAAUUGGACGUCUCUAAUCGAUUUGUUAAAAUAUACAUGUAAAUAAAUAUAUUCAAAAUGUUGGUGUUAAAUCAUUUUGAGAAAUUUAUGAACUGGAAUGUUAGAAAUAUAUUAAAUCUGUCAAACAUC